UGCUAGGUUCCAGCAGACUCCCUCAAGAUGCCGUCUCAAAUGGAGCACGCCAUGGAGACCAUGAUGUUCAAAUUUCACAAGUUUGCCGGAGACAAAGGCUACCUGACCAAGGAGGACCUGAGAGUCCUCAUGGAGAAGGAGUUCCCUGGGUUUUUGGAAGUAAGUGUUGAAGGGUUCAGAAAGAACCAGACCCUCACCAUCGCAUGCAAUGACUAUUUUGUGGUACACAUGAAGCAGAAGGGAAAGAAGUAAAGAAUCCAGCAAUUAUCCCCGCCCUAUAAAGAUCUCCCAAAGGGUUGCUUAAGGAACCUGCCCCACCGWUCCCCCUUGUGUAAAGAUUUCAGGAGGAUCAGGACCCUUAGAAAAUGCGCAAAUAACRUCCAACUCCCAUUUGACAAACAGAGAAAGCUAAAGCUUUUGAUUUUUAUAUUGUUUGCAUCCUCUUGCCCUCAAUAAAGUCUCU